GACGCGACGGUCCGCGGCCAACAGCAGCGCCAAGUCCGAUUCCGAACGCAUCAGUCCGAUCUGUCCGCUCGCGCCGUCAUGCCGGCCCGAGAACACAGCACUGGUUCUACGUCGUCUUCCGGUCCGCAACCGUCUUCUGCAGCAGUUCGCGAAUAACGCUCUAUUCGACGUAAACCCUAAAUUUUCCAACCAAUUCAUAAUUGUAAUAUCAUUGUAAUUAGUGUCCGAGGAACCGUGUUUUUCUAUUCAAAACAAAAGCUACAUUUUUUAUUCAUUUCACUAAACUUAAAAAAAGUUUUAAUUAAUUUUUUUUCUAAUUAAUUUUUACGCAACCAAAAACAUAAUAUCGUAUAGGUAUUAUAUUUAAUUUUCACAUCAUAAAUAAAUGGCUGGAGAGUUUUCACGUUGACACCGGUCAUUCGUAACUCGUAAAAUUCGUACCAUGUUCGUCAUGUCACAGAGAUGCAACCGUCUGAGGUGUUUGCUAGUGUUUUUGCCCACAUUGGCAGUGGUGAUGCUAUUGGCCGACCGAUGUCUCGGAUCCGAUAACAACAACAACAACAACAACAACGGCACGGCAACGCCAACAACGGCCAUCAUAUCUGCUUCCGAGCUGUCGUCGUCGUCUCAGUGGGCCGAAUACUCGACGCAAUCGUCACUGACAAACAGUGGCGGCAACGAGACGGCGGUCGGCAAACCGAGCAAGUUCGACGAACACGUGGAGGACUGGCAGUACGUGGACGAUCCACUGAAGAACGUCACGGCGGUCGCCGAACCCGCGGCCGUCGCCGCCGGCAACUCGACCGCGUGCAAGACGUGCUUGACCGACAAGGCCAAAACGCGCCGGGACAAGCGCAACCACGACGUACGGUUGUUCAAGAUGGCCGUCAAGCAGUCGCGACACCGGGACCUGUACGCGCAGCUGAUCGCCUCGGUGGCGGCCAAGCAGUCGUACCGGCGCAAGCGGUUCCGCCGUCAGGCCCCGUCGUCGGAGGCGGCCGAGUCGUCCACGUACAAGCAACUGUUCCGGUACAAGCGGUACCGACGGUCCGCCGCCGUCGACGACACAUCCGCGGCGGACGCGGACACGUCUGCGGCGGACUUCGCGAACGCGGACGUCGCGAACACGGCCGCCGAAGACACGGCCGCGGACUUUUCGUUGGCGCGCUCGUCGGCCGCCAAGCAGCUGUACCGGCGCAAGCGGUUCCGCCGGUCCGCGGUCGCCGCGUACCCGAACGGCGUGAUCCGACCGUACCACUACAACAACAACCACCGGGCGGGGUAUCAACCGCACGGGCUAACGCUGGCCGCCGACCUUCAGCUUCAGCAGAACCGCCGCCGGCGUUACCGGUACGCGGCCGACCCGUACCACUACAAGCGCAACGGCGCGGCCACGUCCUGGGACCGUUCGGCCGAGUUCCGGCGCCGGUACCUCAGGUUCCCGCCCACGCACGACGCCCCGCCGCCCGCGUACAACAACAUCGUCGGCGGCGGCAACCCGUGGUCGCCGGCCGCCGUGCUGCCCGGCCACCUGUCGCAGCAACAACAGCAACCGUUCAGCUACCUGCCGCAGUACCCGAUCCAGCCGCCGCAGUCGCCGCCGUCCAUGGGUCCCAGGAGUCCCCGGCUCGUGUUCCGGGACCCCGUGGACCAGGGAACGCUGCAAGCGCCGUUCGGCGGGCCCAACGGACUCCAAGACCUGUUGGUCUCGCAGCCCGAUGACGUCAAAGAUGAAUGGACCGACUUGGAAGUAGACAGCAAGCGCAAUAGUUUGUGCAAUACAGGAAGCUGCGAAUUUUUGUUAACUUGCUGGAUGGCAUCCGGUUACAUUGAGAGCACCUGUGGUGGCUUCCUAUACGUUUGUUGCGACCGAAAUUCCGCCAAAACGAACGAAAAUAUUGCUAUCAAUACUAACAGAGCGUCGGUGCCGGUCGACUAUGGCCCAGUGACUAACGACCCCAGUUGUGGUGUUUCGGUGGCCAAGCAACAAGGAGCGCAAAGAAGAAUUGUUGGAGGCGACGAAGCCGGGUUUGGCAGCUUUCCAUGGCAGGCUUAUAUUCGAAUCGGAUCCAGUCGGUGCGGUGGUUCGUUGGUGAAUAGGUAUCACGUAGUAACAGCCGGUCACUGUGUUGCCAGGGCGUCGGCUCGACAAGUACAGGUGACGCUCGGCGAUUACGUCAUCAACUCGGCAGUGGAACCGUUGCCGGCGUACACGUUCGGCGUCCGCAAGAUCAGCGUGCACCCGUUCUUCAAGUUCACGCCCCAGGCCGACCGGUUCGACGUGGCCGUGCUCAGGCUGGACAGACCGGUGCAGUACAUGCCGCACAUAGCGCCCAUCUGCUUGCCGGACAAGGGUGAAGACUUUUUGGGCCACUACGGAUGGGCAGCCGGAUGGGGAGCUCUGCAAGCCGGUUCUAGACUGAGGCCAAAGACGCUGCAGGCUGUCGACGUUCCAAUCAUCGACAAUAGACAGUGUGAAAGGUGGCACAAGUCCAACGGCAUAAACGUUAUAAUCUACGACGAGAUGAUGUGCGCAGGUUACCGGGAAGGAUCGAAGGAUUCGUGCCAAGGCGAUUCGGGUGGACCACUGAUGCUGGAGAAGACGGGCAGAUGGUACUUGAUCGGGAUCGUGUCGGCCGGUUACUCGUGCGCACAGCGCGGGCAGCCCGGCAUAUACCACAGGGUGGCGUUGACGGUCGACUGGAUUUCCUACAUAAUCAAUUCGUCGCAGCAAUAGUAAUAUAGCAGUGUACUGUGUAUACCAUACCUACACCGUGUGCUAUGCGAAAGUCCCCGACGGACCGAUGUAGACAUCGUACAUAAUAAUAAAACAUUAUUAUAUACAGUGCGUACCGCUUUUCUGAUACCCAAACUAUUCAUAUUAUUUAUAACGUUAAUAAUUUAUAAUAAAUAUAGCAUGAUAUACACAUAUUGUGUGCGCGACGUACUUUAAGAUGCGUUCGUAUAUUAUUUAAUAAUAUAUUAUAUUAUGCAUAUUAUAUUAUUUUAUUUUAUUUUAUACUAUUUAUAGAUAUUUAAGUUAUUUUAUUUUAUUUUAUUGGUAUAUUUUUAAUAACGAACCGCAUUUUGGCCACCUGUACGCGAUGCGCGAGAUAAACCUUUGAUCGCAAUGAUGUACCUAUUAUUAUUUUUUUUUUUUUAAAUUAUUAUAACGAUUUUGUUAUUAUUAUUGGCUGCGGCGAAACGAUUAUUAGCGACCGAAUCUUGCAUUUGAUCACUCGCACGCAAGACACUACGCCACCCUCAACCGAGACCACAGCGCAUCGCCACCGUGCAUGUCUCGAUUUAAUGUUAUUUUAAUAUAAUAUUGUAUAUAUAUAAAAACGUGUACAGUAAAUAGUAAUGAAUAAUUUUACGUGUAUAAACUCACAAUGUGGCUGUAAUAAUAGUGUAAUUAAUUUAAUAACAAUAAUAGAAGUAUAUGAGAUCACAAAAACCAAAAA